ACACAUGCUAAGACUGUUGUUUUCUUGUUGCACAAUUCAUUGUCUGCAGUAUUUUAUUUUGAAAAAUGUUGGAAGGGUUAUUUGGAGAAGAAGAUGUAACCUCUUCUAGAAUAUCAGAGCCUUCCAAACCUGGAAUACAGUCACCACCAAGACCACGUUAUCAGUGUGGUCUAGCCGGAAUUAGUAACCAAGGAGCCACAUGUUAUCUUAAUUCUCUGCUGCAAACCUUACUUUACACUCCAGAAUUUCGUGAAUCAUUAUUUGACUUGACAGAAGAUGAGCUAGGAAGUUUUGAUAGUAAAGAUAUUCCUGGGAAAAAGGUUAGAGUGAUACCAUUACAAUUACAGAAAUUGUUUACAAGAUUACUACUGAGUGAUCAACAAAGUAUAUCUACAACAGAACUGACAGAUAGUUUUGGGUGGAACAACAGAGAGGAAUUACAACAACAUGAUGUACAGGAACUGAAUCGUAUCUUGUUUAGUGCUGUGGAAGCUUCAUUAGUAGGGACUACUGGAAAGGACUUAAUAAACACACUUUACCAUGGAACACUUGUCAAUCAGAUCAUUUGCUCUGUAUGUGGAAAAGUUAGUGAAAGAGAGGAGGAUUAUUUAGAUUUAACAUUAACAGUUGCUGGCAACAACAGUUUAGAAGAAGCUCUAUGUGGAAGCUUUGUUGAGAUGGAAAGUAUGGAUGGUAAAAACCAGUACAAAUGUGAAUUGUGUAACAAACUUGUCAAUGCUAAAAAGGGAGCCAAAUUAAGAAGUUUACCAGAAAUUUUGUCUAUCUCUUUUCUAAGAUUUAGUUUUGAUUACCAGAAGAUGGAGAGAUACAAGGAGGCAGGAAGACUGGUUUUCCCGCAUACCAUUGACAUGGCACCAUAUUGUGAAAAGGCAGAGCUUUCUUCAGAGUAUGAGUUGUUUUCUGUAGUGAUUCAUAAAGGAGGAGCCUAUGGCGGUCAUUAUCAUGCAUUUAUAAAGGAUGUAGACUCUCUAGGGAAGUGGACUCAUCCAGAUGAAGAACCUAUCCAGCUUCCAACAGACCCCAGUACUGGAGAAGUGGACUACAUUGAGGUAGACUCUCCUGUAGAACUGAUACAGGCCAUUCUAGUCAGAAAUCAAGUCCUCACUAUAGACAAACUGUGUGCUGAGAUAAGUAAACAGACUGGAGUAUCAUGGAACAAAAGAUUUAGGAAAAACUUUGGAUCUAUUGUUAAGUUUUUAGAAAAACAUCAUGAUAUAUUUGUACUUGAUUCUGGUAGUAAUCAGGUCUCACUUGGAAAUUCUACUCAAGUGAAGGCUGAUAAAGAAGAAAAUUCAUCUACAACAAAUGCUGAGCCAAGAAACAAAAGACCACAAUCACCAACACCAAUGCCUGGUCAAGCUUGGUUUAACUUUGAUGACUCAAGAGUCUCUCCAAUCAGAGAAAAGGAAAUAGAAAAACAAUACCAAGGAAAAGAGAGUGCUUAUAUGUUGUUCUACAGAAGGAAGACUUUAACAAGACCUAAAGAAGCUGAAGGAAAUCCAGCCUACAAGGUUCCAGAUAACUUAGUAACAGAUAUUAUCAUAGAAAAUGAUGAACUCAGUAGAAAAAGACAGGAAUAUGAGAUAGAAGUUAACACUAUUACUGUGCAGAUCCACUUCAGCCAAUCCUAUGAGUACUACUCUGGGGCAUUACAUCCUAGACAAGACCAGUGUGGAUGGAUGGAACUUACUAUAGACAGGAGGAAAACUAUAGGGGAUCUAAAAAUAGCUGUAACUGAGGAGGAAAACUAUAGAGGAUCUAAAAUAGCUGUAACUGAGGUCAGUACUAAUGUUAGAGGGGCAUUACAUCCUAGACAAGACCAGUGUGGAUGGAUGGAACUUACUAUAGACAGGAGGAAAACUAUAGCUGAUCUAAAAAUAGCUGUAACUGAGGUCAGUACUAAUGUUAGAGGGGCAUUACAUCCUAGACAAGACCAGUGUGGAUGGAUGGAACUUACUAUUGACAGGAGGAAAACUAUAGGGGAUCUAAAAAUAGCUGUAACUGAGGUCAGUACUAAUGUUAGAGGGGCAUUACAUCCUAGACAAGACCAGUGUGGAUGGAUGGAACUUACUAUUGACAGGAGGAAAACUAUAGAGGAUCCAAAAAUAGCUGUAACUGAGGUCAGUACUAAUGUUAGAGGGGCAUUACAUCCUAGACAAGACCAGUGUGGAUGGAUGGAACUUACUAUUGACAGGAGGAAAACUAUAGGGGAUCUAAAAAUAGCUGUAACUGAGGUCAGUACUAAUGUUAGAGGACAAGACCAGUGUGGAUGGAUGGAACUUACUAUUGACAGGAGGAAAACUAUAGAGGAUCUAAAAAUAGCUGUAACUGAGGGAUACUACUCUGGGUCAUUACAUCCUAGACAAGACCAGUGUGGAUGGAUGGAACUUACUAUUGACAGGAGGAAAACUAUAGGGGAUCUAAAAAUAGCUGUAACUGAGUUAGGUGGAGAACUGGUACCUGAAAUAUUUGUAAUACAGAGGAUGAAGGAGUUACCAGCAGGCCACCAUUUGUAUGAGUUUUUAUCUGGUGAAGACAGUAAACAGCUAAAGGACAUUACUAUUGAUGAUGGAUCCAUGUUAUUUAUAUGGGAUGGUCAUCUGGUGAAUGGAACAACUGUGCCAUCUGGUCAGGAACAUGAACCUAUUCUAUUAAACAUAUCUUAUGGGAAUGACCAACUGUUUAUUAGAGGUUUCUCAAAAAUGUUGACAUUGGAGGAGUUCAAGGUCAUUGUAAGUGAGGACACACGGAUUAGAACUAAGGAUCUGAGAUUAAAGAGAAUUGUAAAUCAAGACACUAACCCAAAACUGAUAGAUUUUUCCAGUGAUUUAUUAGAUACAACUUUAGAAACACUCAGACUGAAAAAUGGAGAUGAAAUAAUUGCAGAGGACAAAUCUAAACUACCUGUGUCAGACAGAACCAUUCAGAACAAAAUGAAAAUAUCAUAUCCUAUUUAUAUAGAAAAUCGAAGCAGUAGUAUUUUACAUGAUGACAACAAGCGCAUAAGAUUAGAAGUAACAGCAGACAUGACAGUAGGUGAAGUGAAGUGUAUGGCAGUAUCUAAGUUUUGUAUAAGUGAUAUUAUAGAUGGAGGUCGUUUACGUCAUGACCAUGAAACACUUGGAUUAAGAUCACCUAUUUAUGAGAACAUGACUCUGACUGAAGCCAACAUUACCAAGGGGAGUAACUUAGUAUUAGAAUCAGGACCAGCUCCCAGUACUAACCAGAUGACCUUGACAUUUACACCUGGUGACCUUAGAAGUGACCUUUCAGAUUUGGAGGUUACUGUUGGCAAAAUGACAACUGUAGGAGAUUGUUUACAAUGUAUGAUCCUUAAGGCAGGGUUUACAGAUGAUGAUUGGCAUUUACAGAAAACAAAUUGGUGUGGGGAACCAGCAGAAGUACUUGAUGACCUCGACUUGACCUUGGAGAUGAGUUUAGUUAACCAUGGUGACCAUUUGCUUCUCGUGAAAGGAAAGCUCCCUCCAAAAGGUUUUGUACGAAUUCCAAUCUGGCUGUAUCCAUCGCCUAGGAAACCAUUUUGUGAUUCGGCAAACAAUACAGGAAAUGGAAUGUUCAGUUGGUUAACCAAUCAGAUACAAGGUUUGUUCAGGUCAGACAAUAAACCUCAGGAUACCAGUAUAACAUCAGAAGAACCAGUUUACUUGGGUGAUAUAGAAGUUGCCUUAGUGAUGACCUUGGAAGAGUUUAAGUUCCAGAUAUUGACCUUACCUUCACUGUCUGAAUUAUCAUUACCAACACAGGGGUUUCUAAGGGUUACAAUGGUGGAAUCUGGGUACCUGUCUACAGUAUUGAAAGGAACCAGUCAAACAUUGCAGAAGCUUAAAGUGAAAUCUUGUAAUAGAGUGGCAGUACAGAUUCUAGAUGAAGAGGAGAAUUUGAAUGUAAACCAGAUGGUUUUAAACAUUAAACAGAGAAUUCCUAAUACUAAAGAAUACCUUCCAUCUGUAGAAAUAAUCUGGGACACAUCACAGGGACCAUCUAUAAAUAGCCUAGAGAAAACCAUAGCAGAUAGACUAUUUAUACCACAAGAUCAUCUAGGCAUGGCUAAACAUUUCUCAAAGAGAUUUGAUUGGUUGAUUAUAAGAGAGGGUCCAAACAAGUCAAGUGGUAAAGGCAAGAAGAAAGCACAGAAAACUAACCUGCGACAUGGCCCGUAUAACCUACAAGAUGGGGAUGUUAUAGGCAUAAAGAAUUUACAGUUGGAAUAUGAAAGAAAAGAAGAUUAUUGUAUAAUUGAAGAUGACAAAGGCAAGAUAGAGUUACUGAAACAGGCAGAGGAAAAGAAAAAACAGAGGGAAGAAAGAAAAAAGAACCAAGAUGCCUUAGAUAGUACAUUGUCUAAGUCCCGUAGACCUGAAGUAUCACUGACAAUAAAAGUGGACGACUUUAGAUAACUCCUCCAAACAGAACAAAUAUAAGGGUUAUUCUA